AUAAAUAGGUAAACAAUUUGAAUCGAGUUUAGAUUGUGUUAACUUGGAAAUUUUCGGUUAGAUUGAUCUCUAAACUUAACUAUCAUGGUUUGGAUGGGGUUGGUUUAGGCUCCGAUUACCGGAGCGGUAAAUGGUCGGAUUGAUUCUGUGGUGACCAGGUUAAACCAAAGCGGUACCGAUGCUUUUAAUGCGAUGCCAGAUACACACUUUGUUUCUUCGUUUUCAAUCAAGGUUGGUUUGGUUACCACGUGAUCGUGUUUGUUCCUUUGAACACGUGCCCUCUCUGUCAACCAAAUUGCAGCCGUCCAUCUAAUCGCAUGGUCUCUCCAUCAGACGCGCUGAUUUACACUGUCCACAAACAGAAGACACAAACACCUAACAACCAUCUUCCGUUUGCUGUGUACUUAUGAUGAGAGUGACACAAAGCUUAAGUAAAGCUUCAAAACAGAAUACAAUCUCAAACACGAGUCAUAGGAUACAAAAACUGAAAAGAACCCAUGUCGCCGAACGCUAAACUCACUAGUAAUAUCAUUUUCUUAUUUCUCUUCUUAACCGCUUCCUUCGCCGUCUCCGAACAAAAGCUGACCGCUUACAACGCCGUCAGACGCUACAACUUACCACCAGGAAUCCUCCCAAAAGGCGUCGUGGACUACGAGCUCAACACCAAAACCGGAGAUUUCAAAGUCUACUUCAACGACUCGUGUGAAUUCACCAUCCAAUCGUACCAGCUCAAGUACAAAUCAACUAUCUCCGGCGUUAUAUCCCCCGGUCAUGUCAAGAAUCUGAAUGGGGUUAGUGUUAAGGUGCUUCUCUUCUGGGUCAACAUCGCUGAAGUGUCUCUCGACGGCGCCGAUCUUGAUUUCUCCGUCGGAAUCGCGUCAGCCAGUUUCCCGGCGGCUGAUUUCGAAGAGAGUCCUCAGUGUGGUUGUGGGUUUGAUUGUAAUGGGCUUUUGUUUUCUUCUUAAAUCUACUGGGCCUUGUAUUGUAUACUGAAUAAAAAGGUCUUCUCUGUAUGUGCCAUGAGGAAUAGUUAAUUAAUUAAUAAUCUUAUUAGUGUGCA